CUGUGCUUGUAGGUGAGCGAGUUCUACCGCUUCCGACCGGUGACGGCGUGUCUCUCCGUCAAUUACCUCGACCGAUUCCUCUCCUCCCAUUCUCUUCCGGGGCAGAAUGGGAAGGGAGGUUGGCCGAUGCAGCUGCUGUCGGUGGCGUGCGUGUCGGUUGCGGCGAAGAUGGAGGAGUCGCACGUGCCGCUGCUGCUCGACCUCCAGCUCCGCGAUCCUACUUAUGUCUUCGAGCCCCGCACCAUCCAACGGAUGGAGCUCCUCCUCGCGGCCGCACUGCGGUGGCGCCUGCGCGCCGUCACCCCCUUCGACUUCCUCCACCACCUCGCCGCCUCCCCCGCCGUCGCCGCCCUCUCUCCCUCCUCCUCUUCCGCCCUCUUCUCCCGCGCCGCCCGCCUCGUACUCUCCACCCACCGCGUGGUGGAUUUCUUGGUCUAUCGGCCAUCAGUGAUGGCAGCUGCGGCCUUCCUGUGUGCGGCAAACGAGAUGACCGAGUCGUCGGCCACAGGAACCGGCGACUGGUCGAGCUGCUUCGAUGCUUGGGUUAGCAAGGGAGUGGUGAAUAGGUGUCGCCAGCUAAUGGAGGAGCGGGUGAUCGGCACGUGCCCGUCAUCCCGGCGGGGAAACACUACGGAAUGCCGAGGUCGCCCCGAGCCGCCGAGGAGCCCUGUCGGCGUGUUGGACUCCGCCGCCUGCACGAGCUGUGACACCGGCCCGAGGUCCGAGGACGGACCCGAGCCACGCCCCGCCAAGCGCCUUCGGCUCGGCGACCACCCUUGUACAGACCGCGUAUUUACCGGCCUCGACGGUGAACUCCUCUAAUUAAUCUCCAUAACAUGGAUUGGUCUCUCCCCUGUUAAUCCUUUAAAUUGUUGUUAGAACCAGCAGGGUUUUGUUGUUAAUCCUUCCUCUUAAUCUUCUCGUAUAGCGUAUGUUUUCUGUUUUCCCGGAAAUGCCCCUGUGGUUCUCGGUU